CGAACACCCUACCUUCAGUACAAAAUCUCAUAAUUCAAAAUGUAUAUACAUCCCAAUUUAUAGGCAGGGCAUAAAAAUGUGGAAGCUGGCAACCCUACUCAUCUCUUUUGUUUAUGUGCAAAACAAUUACGUCACGGUUAAAGUUUAAAAAGCAAAUUUUGAUUUAAUCCGCAGACACCUAGUCAAAAGAUAAGAAAGUGGAAGAGUGUGAGAAUUGUGGACUUUGAAGUAUUCCUUAAAAACACAACCAGUUACAAACAACUUGAACAGCAAGCAGCAGCAUCAUGCUAAGAAAUCUUGUGAAAACCUCUGGAAUAAUAAUUCGACCAAUUGUAUAUGGCUCUUUGCCAACUAAAAGCAAUCUAAUUUUGUCCACUAGCAAUGGUGCCGUAAUGACAACGAUGACGAAGCGUAAUGUUGGUCUGAAACAUGGUCAGAAUGAUCCUGCUUAUGCUGGAACAAUGGCAGAGGUUAAAGAUCAAAUCAUGGAACGUUUGGGCUUGGAGCCCGGUUAUACACCAAUUCCAAAGCAUCGUGAACAUUUACUGAAAUAUGAACCAAAGGCAUCGGAUUUGGAACCACGUUCUAUGCAAGAUUCAUUUACUUCGGCAAUUUUACCGCUAUCCACGGACAAGACAUUGCAGGAUCGAUAUGUGGCAUUUUUGGGUCAUGUACGUUUGGGACGUUUAAUGGAAGAUAUGGAUAUGUUUGCCGUUUGGGUAUGCCACAAACAUAUCAAAUUAAAUAAUCUUCCCGAGGGCAUUCCUCUACCAUACACCUUUGUCACCAUAUUGGUCGAUAAGAUAACAUUCACCAAUUUCCGAACGAAAGCCACAGAAGAUAUUCGCCUGUCGGGCCAUGUUUCGUGGGUGGGCAAAAGUUCCAUGGAAAUUGUUGUGUGGUUGGAACAAAUGGAAAAUGGAGUGUGGCAUAAAAUCACAAAGGCCUUGUUUCUAAUGGCUGCCCGUAAUGCCACAAACACUGGACCGGCUCCUGUUAAUCCCAUUAAACCCGCAACCGAUGAAGAGAAGAAAAUUUUCGAUGGUGGUAUUUUGCGUAAACAAAGACGCCAACUGCUGCAGGCCUCUUCGAUAUUCAAAGUGGAACCCAAUGAUUAUGAACAAUCUCUCAUGUAUGAGUUGUUCAAGAGAACAACACCUCAGGCUACCAUGGAAUUAAAUUUACGAGUACUGCCACCAAAUUGUCGCUGGAUGUCGGAUUCAUUUGUUACAAAUACCAUUGCAUCGUUCCCGGAAAAUCGCAAUGCCCACAAUAAGGUAUUUGGUGGAUUUUUAAUGCGUAAUGCCUCGGAAAUUAGUUGGGUCUGUGCCAAUUUAUAUUGUAAAACGGCCAAACCCAAAACUGAACACAUCUGUGAUAUUAGUUUUGAAAAGCCGGUCAGUGUGAAUUCCUUCAUUAAAAUGACUGCCUAUGUGGUCUAUACGGAGGUAAAUUAUCUACAGAUAAUGACAGUGGCCGAUGUCAUUGAUUCGGUGACGGGUGAUCAAUUGACUUCGAACGUUUUCUAUUAUACCUAUUCGGCUACGGAACAGGUGCCGGAAGUCUUACCAAGAUCCUAUCAUGAAACUAUGUGGUAUCUUCAAGGCCGCAGGAAAUUCAAAUACGCUUUGGGUUUGGAAUAAGUAAUUGCAAAACAAGAAUCCUACAAAUCUCCC